AUGUCACCGGCUGCCGUGAUGUCUUUUUACCCGCCCGGUGCCGUCAAUGGCCGCCUCCAUGGCUUCGAGUUCACUUUCGAGGCCAUCCCCGACAAGACAUCCCUGCACGACAGCCACAUAGAAGUCGAUCCCGAUCCUCAUGAGGGCGAGACCGACUCUCUACCCGACGACGUCGAGUGUUUUCCUAGGCAUUUCGGCAGGACGUAUCACGCUUACAGAGCGGGCUCCUACGUGUUUCCCAACGACCCUGCGGAGCAAGAGCGUUUAGACCUGCAGUCGCUGGCUCUUACGGAGCUGUUCAAUGGCAGGUUACACUUUGCGCCAAUAGCCGCAGAGGGCUCUCCCAGACGAGUCCUCGACGUCGGCACAGGGACGGGAGCUUGGGCCAUGGACAUGGGAGACAUGUAUCCGGAAGCCCGUGUUAUUGGAGUCGACCUGUCGCCCAUCCAAAGCAACGCCGUGCCGCCCAACGUUCAUUUUUACAUCGAGGACGCCGCGCAACCAUGGGCAUGGCCAGAUCCAUUCGACUACAUCCACACCCGCGUGCUCCUUGGAUCCUUCGGUGACUUCAAGAACGAGGUCAUCCAGCAGGCCUUUGACUCUCUCCAGCCGGGCGGCUGGCUCGAGUCCCAGGACUUCAACCUCGAGGCCGUCAGCGACGACGGCACGCUGACGCCGGACGCGCCCCUGUCCCGCUGGGUGCACGACAUGAACUACGCGAGCGAGCUCAUCGGCCGCCCGCUGUCGAGGUCGCAUCUGCUGUAUCAGUGGUACGAGGAGGUUGGCUUCGUCGACGUGCGGCAGCGGGUGUUCAAGAUCCCCAUCAAUGGGUGGGCCAAGAACCCCCGUCACAAGCACGUCGGGAAGCUCUGGGAGCAGAACUUCCUCGACGGGCUGAGCGGGUUCAGCAUGGCCCUGUUCACGCAGGUCCUGGAAAAGAGACAGGAGGAGGUGCAGGUUUCACUGGUGGAUGUGCGUAGAGACAUCUCCAACAUGCACAUACACGCUUACCAACAUGUCUGGGUCGUCUGGGGUCGCAAACCGUACCCGGGCGAAACGAUCCCUCCGAGGAGUUCAUCGGAGGACAGGGCCAUGGCCCAGUGA